AUGAUGACGAGCAGCAAGGCGACUCUAGCUUUCCUCAUCUACGGGCUUCUCGUGCACUGCAGCGUGUGUUCUCCUCUCGGGAUCAGCUAUCCAAACGUCAGACUGGAGAAUGAAGGUUAUGACGAGGAGGGGAAUUCAUUACCAGAGCUGGCCUUUGACACUGAGCAGGUUGCUGUACGAAGCUCUCCGUCAGUCGCAGACGACGUAUACCCGUUAUAUUACCCUCCUGAGAAAAGAACGGAAAGGCACGCGGAUGGGAUCUUUAAUAAAGCCUACAGGAAAGCGCUGGGUCAGUUAUCUGCCAGAAAAUACCUGCAUUCUCUGAUGGCAAAGCGCGUAGGUGGCGGAAGCACAAUGGAGGACGAUUCAGAACCACUAUCUAAGCGCCACUCGGACGGAGUCUUCACGGAUAGCUACAGCCGUUACAGGAAGCAAAUGGCAGUGAAGAAGUAUCUGGCCGCGGUCCUGGGCAAAAGGUAUAGACAGAGAUUUAGAACCAAGGGACGGCGGCUCGCCUAUUUGUAG